GUAGUAUAUUCUCAGAUGGUCAGCAACAAAGAUUCAAGGGCAGAAUUUAUUAGUUCAGCUAUACAGUACCUGAGGAAAUAUAAGUUCGAUGGAUUAGAUAUAGACUGGGAAUAUCCAUCAAACAGGGGUGGUAAACCUGAAGACAAAGUCAACUUUGGAUUAUUGGUUAAGGAUCUUAAAGAAGCUUUCGACGAAGAGUCCGAGACCUCUGGAUUAGUAUUUCUUCUUUUGACUGCUGCAGUAGCUGCUGGAAAACACACCAUCGAUACCGCCUAUGAUAUCCCCAUAAUGUCACAGUACAUGGAUUUUAUCAACAUUAUGUCUCAUGACCUUCAAGGACCCUGGCAAUCUACUACGGGACAUAAUAGUCCUUUAUUUCCUAAGUCAAAUGAAUAUGGUGAUCAGAGAUACUUAAAUAUUGAUUUUGUGGCAAAGUACUGGAAUUCAUCAGGAGCACCGAAAGAAAAAUUAAUCAUUGGAUUAGCAACUUACGGGCGAACAUUCACAUUAUCUGGUAGUCAGACAGGUAUCGGAGCGGCGGCUAGCGAACCAGGUAUAAAAGGACAAUAUACCAGAGAAAAUGGAUUCAUGUCUUAUUAUGAGAUAUGUGCUUUACAAGAAAGUGGAAAAGGCCAGACAGUGUACGACAGUGAACAGAUGGUUCCAUAUUAUACCGACGGUUCAUUGUGGGUUAGUUUCGACGACGAAGAUAGUCUUCAAGUUAAAAUUAAAUGGUUGGUAUCCGAGGGAUAUGGUGGUACCAUGGUGUGGGCUCUACCUCUUGAUGAUUUCAGGCAGACAUGUUCUAAAAGUAAUCGUACAUACCCUCUUUUAAAUACAAUUAAGGAUGAACUGAUUAUUGCCGAGAAUGGUGACACACUUACAACUCCUUCACUCCCAACUGGAAUGUCUUCUGCAGCGCCGACAACAUCAGGUCCAACGACACAAGGAAGGUCUAGUUCAACGACACAGGGAGGAUCUGGUUCAACAAAUCGGGGAGGAACUAGUUCAGUCACAGCAUCCAGUACCAGUACUAUAACAACACCGAAAUCAACUAGUACAACGACAUCACCUAAAACAGUACCUACGCCAGUCACAACAUCCAGUACCAGUACUACAACAACACCGAAAUCAACUAGUACAACAACAUCACCAACAACAGUACCUACGCCAGUCACAAAUUCCAGUACCAGUACUACAACAACACCGAAAUCAACAAGUACAACAACAUCAACUAUAACAGUACCUACGACAGUCACAACAUCCAGUACCAGUACUACAACAACACCGAAAUCAACUAGUACAACAACAUCACCUACAACAGUACCUACACCAGUCACAACAUCCAGUACCAGUACUACUACAACAGUACCUACACCAAUCACAACAUCCAGUACCAGUACUACAACAACACCGAAAUCAACUAGUACAACAACAUCACCUACAACAGUACCUACGCCAGUCACAACAUCCAGUACCAGUACUACAACAACACCGAAAUCAACAAGUACAACAACAUCAACUAUAACAGUACCUACGACAGUCACAACAUCCAGUACCAGUACUACAACAACACCGAAAUCAACUAGUACAACAACAUCACCUACAACAGUACCUACGCCAGUCACAACAUCCAGUACCAGUACUACAACAACACCGAAAUCAACUAGUACAACAACAUCACCUAUAACAGUACCUACACCAGUCACAACAUCCAGUACCAGUACUACAACAACACCGAAAUCAACUAGUACAACAACAUCACCUACAACAGUACCUACGCCAGUCACAACAUCCAGUACCAGUACUACAACAACACCGAAAUCAACUAGUACAACAACAUCACCUAUAACAGUACCUACACCAGUCACAACAUCCAGUACCAGUACUACAACAACACCGAAAUCAACAAGUACAACAACAUCACCUACAACAGUACCUACGCCAGUCACAACAUCCAGUACCAGUACUACAACAACAUCACCUAUAAGAGUACAUACACCAGUCACAACAUCCAGUACCAGUACUACAACAACACCGAAAUCAACAAGUACAACAACAUCACCUACAACAGUACCUACACCAGUCACAACAUCCAGUACCAGUACUACAACAACACCGAAAUCAACUAGUACAACAACAUCACCUACAACAGUACCUACGCCAGUCACAACAUCCAGUACCAGUACUACAACAACAUCACCUAUAACAGUACCUACACCAGUCACAACAUCCAGUACCAGUACUACAACAACACCGAAAUCAACUAGUACAACAACAUCACCUACAACAGUACCUACGCCAGUCACAACAUCCAGUACCAGUACUACAACAGCACCGAAAUCAACAAGUACAACAACAUCACCUACAACAGUACCUACACCAGUCACAACAUCCAGUACCAGUACUACAACAAUACCGAAAUCAACUAGUACAACAACAUCACCUACAACAGAACCAACGACAGUCACAACAUCCAGUACCAGUACUACAACAACACCGAAAUCAACAAGUACAACAACAUCACCUACAACAGUACCUACGACAGUCACAACAUCCAGUACCAGUACUACAACAACACCGAAAUCAACAAGUACAACAACAUCACCUACAACAGUGCCUACGACAGUCACAACAUCCAGUACCAGUACUAUAACAACACCGAAAUCAACUAGUACAACAACAUCACCUACAACAGUACCUACGCCAGUCACAACAUCCAGUACCAGUACUACAACAACACCAAAAUCAACAAGUACAACGACAUCACCUACAACAGUACCUACGACAGUCACAACAUCCAGUAUCAGUACUACAACAACACCGAAAUCAUAAAGUACAACAACAUCACCUACAACAGUACCUACGCCAGUCACAACAUCCAGUACCAGUACUACAACAACACCAAAAUCAACUAGUACAACAACAUCACCUACAACAGUACCUACGACAGUCACAACAUCCAGUACCAGUACUACAACAACACCGAAAUCAACAAGAACAACAACAUCACCUACAACAGUACCUACGACAGUCACAACAUCCAGUACCAGUACUACAACAACACCGAAAUCAACAAGUACAACAACAUCACCUACAACAGUACCUACGACAGUCACAACAUCCAGUACCAGUACUAUAACAACACCGGAAUCAACUAGUACAACAACAUCACCUACAACAGUACCUACGCCAGUCACAACAUCCAGUACCAGUACUACAACAACACCGAAAUCAACAAGUACAACAACAUCACCUACAACAGUACCCACGCCAGUCACAACAUCCAGUACCAGUACUACAACAACACCGAAAUCAUAAAGUACAACAACAUCACCUACAACAGUACCUACGACAGUUACAACAUCCAGUACCAGUACUACAACAACACCGAAAUCAACAAGUACAACAACAUCAACUAUAACAGUACCUACGACAGUCACAACAUCCAGUACCAGUAUAACAACACCGAAAUCAACUAGUACAACAACAUCACCUACAACAGUACCUACACCAGUCACAACAUCCAGUACCAGUACUACAACAACACCGAAAUCAACUAGUACAACAACAUCACCUACAACAGUACCUACGCCAGUCACAACAUCCAGUACCAGUACUACAACAACAUCACCUAUAACAGUACCUACACCAGUCACAACAUCCAGUACCAGUACUACAACAACACCGAAAUCAACAAGUACAACAACAUCACCUACAACAGUACCUACGCCAGUCACAACAUCCAGUACCAGCACUACAACAACACCGAAAUCAACAAGUACAACAACAUCAACUAUAACAGUACCUACGACAGUCACAACAUCCAGUACCAGUACUACAACAACACCGAAAUCAACUAGUACAACAACAUCACCUACAACAGUACCUACGCCAGUCACAACAUCCAGUACCAGUACUACAACAACACCGAAAUCAACUAGUACAACAACAUCACCUACAACAGUACAUACGACAGUCACAACAUCCAGUACCAGUACUACAACAACACCGAAAUCAACAAGUACAACAACAUCACCUACAACAGUACCUACGACAGUCACAACAUCCAGUACCAGUACUACAACAACACCGAAAUCAACUAGUACAACAACAUCACCUACAACAGUACCUACGCCAGUCACAACAUCCAGUACCAGUACUACAACAACACCGAAAUCAACUAGUACAACAACAUCAUCUUUAACAGUACCUACACCAGUCACAACAUCCAGUACUAGUACUACAACAACACCGAAAUCAACAAGUACAACAACAUCACCUACAACAGUACCUACGCCAGUCACAACAUCCAGUACCAGUACUACAACAACAUCGAAAUCAACUAGUACAACAACAUCACCUACAACAGUACCUACGCUAGUCACAAUAUCCAGUACCAGUACUACAACAACACCGAAAUCAACAAGUACAACAACAUCACCUACAACAGUACCUACAUCAGUCACAACAUCCAGUACCAGUACUACAACAACACCGAAAUCAACUUGUUCAACAACAUCACCUACAACAGUACCCACACCAGUCACAACAUCCAGUACCAGUACUACAACAACACCAAAAUCAACAAGUACAACAACAUCAACUAUAACAGUACCUACGACAGUCACAACAUCCAGUACCAGUACUACAACAACACCGAAAUCAACAAGUACAACAACAUCAUCUACAACAGUACCUACACCAGUCACAAUAUCCAAUACCAGUACUACAACAACACCGAAAUCAACUAGUACAACAACAUCACCUACAACAGUACCUACACCAGUCACAACAUCCAGUACCAGUACUACAAAAACACCAAAAUCAACUAGUACAACGGCAUCACCUAAAACAGUACCUUCAGAUUUCUGUGCUGGAAAAUCUGGGAAUCAUCCACAUCCAGGAGAUUCUUCGAAAUAUAUCUCAUGUGUAGGGAAUACAAAAUAUAUACGUGACUGUCCUCAGGGAUUGUGGUGGAGUCCUGGAGGAGGGUAUUGUGAUUGA